GCAAUUAUCAGAUUAUCACAUACGCCAAGCCGCUGCAAACGUAGUUGACGAACCAUUUUUCUGUCGUCAAACGGAUCAAGCUUUUUGUGAGAUUUGGAUCAAUCACAAAAAGCGGGAUUCGCUUUUCGCAUAGGAAUUGGCCUGCCACUGGAGCCAGCUGAUUUGUUAAAAGUCGUCCACAAAAUUGUAAUUGCUUGUCCACUGAAGUCGUACAUUCUCGAAGAAAUCAAUGGAGGAAAAUACGAUGGAUGAAAUGCGACAUUCCCAACAAGUUGGGACCAAUAUGAUUGGAGGGGUGCCUAAUCAUUCUGCCAAUUCGGGAAGAACUCGCGGUAGAAAUCGCGUGACAAUGCAUGCUCUGAUGUCUGAAGCAUUGCCCUUGGAUGAGGCUGCAAGAUUGGAAAUGAAAGCAUUGCCUGGCAAGACACCUGUUUCAGUACUUCAGGAAUUAUUGUCACGCAGAGGCACAACUCCAAAAUAUGAGCUGGUUCAAAUUGAAGGCGCAAUUCAUGAGCCUACAUUUCGCUAUCGUGUUACCGUUGCUGAUGUUGUUGCAGAUCCAAUCGUUUCAGCAAUGGGGACCGGCAGGUCCAAAAAGGAGGCAAAACACGCGGCUGCCAAAGCCGUUUUGGAUAAAUUAAUCGGUGUGAAUACCGAAACUGCCGAUGCUCCUCUUCCAAACAGUAUUCCAGAUUCGCAGGGUUUGCAGGAAAUGCAGGGAAAUUACGGCGAGGAAAAAGUGAUCAAUAAUCCAAUUGGCUCUUUACAAGAGAUGUGCAUGUCCCGUCAUUGGCCACCGCCGAAAUAUUCAAUGGAAGGUGAAGAGGGUUUGCCACACGAGAGACAGUUCACCAUUGUCUGUUCAAUUUUAAAAUAUCGCCAAAUUGGUCAAGGGAAGAGUAAGAAACUCGCCAAACGUCAAGCGGCCCAUAAAAUGUGGCAGAAUUUACGUGAUUCUUCAGAACAAACACAAACUGCACCUGAUGAUGACGAGAUUAUUCAAAGAAAUGCAAAUUUGAGCGCUCGAUAUGCCGAUUUGAAAGAAAGCAAAAUCUCGACUUUGACAACCGCCCACAGUCACAAAGUCUCACUAUUUCACAAGAAUCUUAAAUCUUCUACGGGUGUUAAACUGUUUGAGCUACAGAAUACAUGCCUGAACGAUGGUGAUGUCAAUUUGGUGCAGUUCUUGCAGGAAAUUGCUUCCGAGCAGCAAUUUGAAGUGACCUAUGUUGAUAUUGAGGAAAAAUCGAUUAGUGGCAAAUCUCAGUGUUUGGUACAGUUAUCAACAUUGCCUGUAGCAGUGUGCUACGGCAGCGGUGUGACCAGUAAAGAUGCACAAGCGAGUGCCGCUCAGAACGCUUUGGAAUACUUGAAAAUAAUGACCAAGAAGUGAGCC